CAGUCUGUUGGGGCCCAAGAUGGCUGAAUACUCACGGGGGACUGUUAGCAAAUAUCCGUGCAAGACAUCGGGAAUGAAUGACAAAUAGCAAUAAGGUGUAAAGCAAAACGCUCGAAGUAGUUUGACGCUCACGGGUUGUUGAUUUGCGUCAUUUUUAGGAUGUAUAAGUACCCGAAAGGAGAGAGGUUUCUCUCCGCGGCCCCGAGCCAGAACAUGGCGGAACACUUUGGGAAGAAAUAGCAGCUAGCGCUAGCCAGCUGGCGCAUUAUUGAGUCCUAUUUAGAAACAUUGUUCCGGAUUCAGACAAACGACCAGUACUGCCCGCAAAUGUGAAAAUAAUGCUUUCGGUGUUUAGCUGUGGUCAUUUCGCCUUAGCACGGUCUAAAUACGAAUCGCUGGUGUUUAGUUUACAGGAAGGCAAGUCAACUCGUUAGCUGUGCUAUUCGCUAACGUUGUGUCCGUCGCAGCUCAACUAACAACGGAGAGCGUUUGGAAGGGAAAUAGCCAACCUCUGGAGUUAUUAUCACAUGUAUGGACUCGUAAUUAAUGUCAACAUUGCGCUGUGUAGCAGUUGUCUAAACUCCUCACCCCUUCAUGUUGCAGAUAUGUCAUGUUUUGUUUGACCGCGAAGAGGUGAUCCGCUGAUAGAAAUCUCUUGGUCCAGAUAAUUUAGUGUAAAUAUUUUAUCUUGAAAGGGGAGUUUGCCAGGGUUGCACCUGCUAGGGAGGAAGAAUUGUGGAUUCUCCUUACAAGCUCGUAACGCCACUGUCUUGUUCGAUUGUUGGACCGGGUCCGAGAGGUCAAUUGGACGUUGUGGCGUUACUAAGGUGAAGCAGGUGCCCUGUAACAACCCAGCAAGGGUUGGGUGGAGGGGGGAACCCGCGUACGACCACUCGCCAGAAUGACGGACACUCGACGUCGAGUCAAAGUAUAUACCCUCAAUGAGGACAGACAGUGGGACGACCGCGGUACUGGACACGUCUCAUCCGUUUACGUGGACCGAGUGAAAGGAACGUCUCUUCUGGUGCGAGCCGAGAGUGACGGUUCUCUACUACUGGAGUCCAAAAUAAACACAAACACGGCAUACCAGAAACAGCAGGAUACACUCAUUGUGUGGUCAGAGGCUGAAAACUAUGAUUUGGCCCUCAGCUUCCAGGAGAAAGCCGGCUGUGAUGAGAUUUGGGAGAAAAUUUGCCAGGUGCAAGGAAAAGACCCAUCAGUGGACAUCACCCAAGAUGUGGUCGAUGAGCUGGAAGAGGAGCGCUUUGACGACAUGUCAUCCCCUGGUCUGGAGCUUCCGCCGUGUGAGCUGAAUCGGCUGGAGGACUUGGCUGAGCUGGUGGCCUCCUCGCUCCCGUCGCCGUUACGGCGAGAGAAACUGGCGCUAGCGGUGGAGAACGAGGGUUACAUUCGCAAGCUCCUCGAACUCUUCCGCGUGUGCGAGGAUCUGGAGAACCGGGAGGGACUGCACCACCUUUACGAAAUCAUUAAAGGCAUUUUUCUACUCAACCGCACCGCACUCUUCGAAGUCAUGUUCUCGGACGAGUGUAUCAUGGACGUCAUCGGUUGUCUGGAGUUUGACCCGGCGCUCCAGCAACCGCGGCGGCACCGGGAGUUCCUCACAAAGACGGCACGCUUUAAGGAAGUGAUCCCUAUCUCGGACCCUGAACUGCGUCAGAAAAUACACCAGACGUAUCGGGUGCAGUACAUUCAGGACAUGGUACUGCCCACUCCCUCUGUUUUUGAGGAGAACAUGCUGUCCACCCUGCACUCCUUCAUCUUUUUCAACAAGGUGGAGAUUGUGGGCAUGCUUCAGGAUGAUGAGAAGUUCCUGACUGAUCUUUUUGCACAGCUAACAGAUGAGGCCACAGAUGACGACAAAAGACAUGAACUGGUUAACUUCUUGAAGGAAUUCUGCGCGUUCUCACAAACAUUACAACCUCAAAACAGAGAUGCCUUCUUCAAGACAUUGUCUAACAUGGGUAUUCUUCCUGCACUGGAGGUCAUACUAGGAAUGGAUGACGUUCAGGUGCGAGGGGCGGCUACGGAUAUUUUCUCUUACUUGGUGGAGUACAACCCCUCCAUGGUACGAGAAUUCGUCAUGCAAGAGUCCCAGCAAAAUGAUGACGACAUCCUACUGAUCAACCUCAUCAUAGAACAUAUGAUCUGUGACACAGACCCCGAGCUAGGAGGUGCAGUGCAGCUGAUGGGUCUGCUUCGAACUUUGGUGGAUCCAGACAACAUGCUGGCUACCGCAAAUAAAACUGAAAAGACCGAAUUCUUGAGUUUCUUCUACAAGCACUGUAUGCAUGUCCUGUCAGCUCCGCUACUGGCCAACACCACCGAGGAAAAGCCUAGCAAAGAUGAUUUCCAAACGUCUCAGUUGUUAGCACUCAUUCUGGAACUGCUGACAUUCUGCGUAGAGCACCACAGCUAUCACAUUAAGAACUACAUCAUCAACAAGGACAUUCUCAGGAGGGUCCUGGUACUCACAGCUUCUCAGCACGCCUUCUUAGCACUAUGUGCCCUGCGCUUCAUGAGGAGAAUCAUCGGUCUGAAGGAUGAAUUCUACAACCGCUACAUCAUGAGAAAUUUCCUCUUCGAGCCCGUCGUGAAGGCCUUUCUGAAGAACGGCUCGAGAUACAAUCUCAUGAACUCGGCCAUCAUUGAGAUGUUUGAGUAUGUCCGUGUGGAGGAUGUGAAAUCUCUCACUGCUCACAUUAUUGAGAAUUAUUGGAAAUCUCUGGAGGAUGUGGACUAUGUCCAGACCUUCAAGGGUCUCAAGUUGCGCUAUGAACAACAACGUGAACGGCAGGACAACCCCAAACUAGACAGUAUGCGCUCCAUCCUGAGGAACCACCGCUUCCGUCGCGAUGCACGGACACUGGAAGACGAGGAAGAGAUGUGGUUCAACACGGAUGAGGAGGACCUUGAGGAUGGCGAGGCCGUAGUACGUCCUUCGGAAAAGAUGAAGAGUGAGGAGGACCUCAUGGAACCCAUAAGCAAGUUCAUGGAGAGGAAGAAAUUGAAAGACUCAGAUGACAAGGAAGUUCUGGGGAAGUCGAGCUUGUCAGGCAGGCAGAACCCAAGUUUCAAACUCUCCUUUUCUGGCGCCAACAAAACCAGCCUUUCAAGCCCUCCGUCAUCUGCGUCUCUGAACCCUGGUUCUCCUGGCUCACCAGAGUCGCCGGGCUCAGGAACGCGGAGCUCAGGUGCUACCCCAGCGGUAACCACAAAGGGAGGAUUAGUGGGACUCGUGGACUAUCCCGAUGACGACGAAGAUGAGGAAGACGAUGAGGAGGAUGGAGAGAGUAAAGAUGAGCUUCUGCCGCCUGCGAAAAAGUCCAAACUGAACUCCUAAAGACGUGUCACUGGCUCCGUCUGUGCUCCAUUCAGACAUUUUUUGAACACAGGAAUUUCUUCUUCACACGGGAAUGAUCAACCUUAAACAAAUCCGAUGAAUGAAAGCCACACUCUACUGGCGGGUCAUGAGAGGAGACGGACGUGAAUGGAUUCUUCCUCCUCCUCUCCCUUAGACCAGCCCGAUUCAAACAAGUGCCAAUCAGGAGAGCGGGAGGGAGGCGUGUCUGAUAGGACAGACAGUUGGACGUCAAGUCAAGGCGGAGGGAACAACCGCGGAGAGAAAUAGCUCUCACUGUGAUAGUAACACUGAUGGAGGAAUGACCACAUACAAAAAACAUGUAUAUGCAGACUGAAGUCCCCCAAGAGCUUGUGCACUUGGAUCAUAACCCCACUGCCCCCCAUCCACUGCCCCCCACUCAGGGAAGGACAUCAUUUGGCCAAAUGGUUUAGCCAAUUCAGACCCACACACUCACCCCCCUCUCCAAAAUCCACUUUAUUCUUUUCUUCCUCUCCUUGUCUGUUGCUUUGUCUUUUUUUUUUUUUUAAGUUAGCAUAUAGGACAGACAAAGAGCUGUCUUUCUUUCUUGUAGUUCAAUGAUGUCAUUAGUGUUGUCGUUCCUCCGGCAGACAUUUUCUCUUAAGAGAUUAAAAAAAAAAAAGCCAGCAUUUUCUUUAAUCAUUUCAUUUUCAUUUUCAAUUAGUCUCGCAAACCGUUGUCUUUUCUUUUCAUUUUUGUAAAUGACAACAAAAAGAGAUCUGCCUUUAAAUGUUCAGGAUGUUUUCAGUCACACUUGAACAGGUUUUUAAAGACCUCAGUAGGUGAGCUAGUUUUACCAUUUUUGCCCUUUGAAACUGCAGAUUUUUUGGAGAAAUUUGUAAUCCCGUCUUGAUUAAAGAUUGAGUGGAAUUCUAGAUGUGAUGUAUUUUGUCAUAUCUUCUCAUUUUGUUUCCUUUUACAUGAGUGUACAAUUAGUUGUUCAGAAUACUUGGGACCAUUAAAAUUAACGUUGCUGUAAGGUGUCCUACUACCGUUUGUCCUCAAGUGUCUCCUUGUUGUGGCAGUCUGUAGAUCAGGGUUUGAUUUUUUUUUUUUUUUUGUUUUGUUCCUUGACACCACCAGAAUGUAUUAAAAUAGCUGAUGAAUGACACAGACGACAAAUGAAUCGAACAGUUUAUUAUUAUAUUUUUUUAAAAGUGCCUGCUUGUGACCAAUGAAAGAAUUUCAAGCAUUUUACAUAGAUGUUAAGAAAUUGGGAAGUCAGAUUCAAUCCUUGUCCACCAGGUGGCAAACUUGUUCUGCAAUGGAAAGCAUUCUUUCAUGGGUCGUUUCCAUUUGCAGCCCAUGUCUCAGCUCAAUUUGGCAUCCAAAUCAAUACAGCAGCAAUUGUGCAGGCUGUACAUUUUUAUUUAAAAAAAAAUAUUUUUCACCCCGAAAUGUAUUUUUUUAAUGCAAUGUGUUUCACAAUUUAAAGUGUUUUGUACCUCUCAAUCACUGUUGGUUACACACCCUGCCAGCAAUUUGUUAGGGCAUAAAUAAUCCAAGUAACAGCUAUUGACAAUUUUUCCAUUCACCUAGUAUGAAUGCUUUUAUGUUGUGGCAGGCCAAUGUACCCUUAGAAAGCUUUUACAAGCAUAGGGAGAAGAUGCAAACACUUGUGUUUGUACGUCAGAUGUACCGUAGUCUACCAAUUUGUUACCCCUUUUGAAACUGAACUCAGUAAAGUGGGGAAACAGCCACAUACAAAAUGUGCUUUUACACUUAAGCAUACAGCAAUCAGAUCAUCCGGGACAGUUGCUUUUCACACAAAUGCAAAGUCUGAUACUUCUCCCCAUCCCUAUAGGACACAGUACCACAUUCCAACAGUUCAUUUUCAAUUCUGUUUCAAAUUUAUUUAUGCUUAAGUGCUUCAUGGCCUUCAACCAAUUCUUAAUUAAAAGUCAACAGAGGGAGAACAAAACGGUUCAGAUGUCACACACAUGCCUUUCAUAUGAAAGCCAUCAUUGGACAAAAGACCUCCCUACCACCGUGUGUUUGUGUGAUCUUCCUUCUCGCCCCCGUUCCAGCACAAACGCUGCCACCUCACUGCCUACAAGAUGCCGCUACCCAUCCCGGCCGCCUGUAUGUCUGCCAGGAUGCAGGGUCACCGUCAGAGACAUCACUGUUGCGCCGCUUCCAGCUGGGCCUGUGAAAAGCAUCUUUGACACUUCUUUUUGAUCAGCUUGGCUCCAUGGCACCAGUCUUGUCAUGUUAAACAACUGUUCCUUGUCUGUCCGUCAUCUAUGGGAUCCGUACUUGGGGCUAGUAAAAAUAUAGAUAAAAUGACAGUGGUCCGUGUCUAUUUCAUCAGUUUAUUUGACCUAAAGCAGAGGUCGGCAACCUUAGCCGUUUUGACUGUAUUCCACCGAAAAAGAGAAUACCAGGAGUUGAGACGUCCCGACCGCAUGUUGUUGCAUCCAAGUCCGAGUCACCUGAUUUUGAUAAUCUGCUGAUACAGAGUCCCGAUCCGAUACCGGGGGGAUCUUUUUUUUUUUUUUUUUUUUUAAAUUUCAACAUUCAACAAGUUCCAAACAUUUCACUGUACUGUACCGUUUAAAGUAUUUCCUCCUUUUUUCUGGGAGUAUU